UUCAGACAACUCUCUAAAAAAUAGAUUAACAAUUGUUAAAAUUCUAAUAGAUAGUCUAAAUACAUGUGUCUUUUCAUUUCUUUAUUUUACCAGAGACAGUUACACUGGGCUUCCGUCUCAAUGGUAUAACCAUGAAAGACUUAGGAAACCCAGGAAAGGAGCCACCUGAAGACCAUUCCUCCAGGCGCCGCGAGGAUUGGCCUCAUGAGUCAGAGCCAAAGUUACAUUUCCCGCUUGUAACCCAACGGGACAUCUUCCCUGUGGCAGAUAGUCGUGUGACGCUCACGCCACACGAGCCCACCCGCUUCCCAACACUUCACAGAACAGUCUCACUGACCUCCACCGCAGCCACGCUCCACCCAAGGCUUCAGGUGACAAAGUCCACCGCGCCUCAUGGAAGGUUGCCUCUGGCCAGGAACGGGGUGACUCAGAGGGAACUGCGAGCAGCAGUUGGGCCGAUGGGCCGGGCACCUGGAGGAGACCCUAGGAGCAUCGCGGCAGCUGGUCAGUCCGCACACAUGAUGCAGGCCGGCCCCUCUGGGAGUGGAUUGGACCUGACGGGCUCUGCAGGCCCGAGGCCACUCAGACCACUGCCUCCUGCAGACACGAGGCCCAGGGAGCCCAGCAGACCCACGCAGCCAAGAGCAAGCAGGUGCCGCAACAAAACAAUGCAGGGUGAGGCGGUCCAUGCAGAAGAACCGUCCCGAGUUGUUCGCCUGGAACCAGUUCCACCACCACAGUCUCUGGCAGCACCUAGCGACAUCGGGAGGCGCCCAGGAAGACGCCGAGCAAGGCACAAUCGUGACUCUCCGGCUUAUACGUAUGUGUCAGCAAACACAAAUGAAUGCGUUUGCUUCACUGCUGGUGACAGCAUUAGCACCAAUUGGAGUGAGUACCAGGAAAGGACCAGGCCACGGACGGCACCACGACUUCCAUCACUACUGGCCCCGAGGCCACGUCUUCUACCCAGGAGGCCACAAAUGGAGCCCAGACGCCUCAGUAGCACUGUUGACCAAUCCACCACACUCCCUCCACUGAGUCAGAAUGCAUCUAUGGUCUGUAACAUCAGUGAUCAACAGCAGAUGAGGGAGCUCCAGCAGGCAACCAGCGUGCCUCACAGCACAGCCUGGGAUCACGAGCCGCCAUGCAUGAUCCUGUCCGCCUUGAGAGAGAAGCAGCAGCAAGCAUCCGUCAGCCUCCACGGCCGCGGGAGUAACGUAGCCGCUUCCUCUAGGACCCAGAGGGACCCUGGGUAUGAGCAGGACGUGCACAGUGUCAUCCCCGAGCACGCAGUUCCACUGGAGACUUUGCAAAGCGACGCCAGAGAACGCAGACGCACGUGCAGACCGCCGCACAGGCGCCGGAGACGCUUCACGCUCGCCUUGCCGAUGUCCCGCACCUUCCGUCUCAGAACCCGCAAGCCCAUGUCCACUCACAGAGUGGUCCUUGGAUGAGCGCCGCGGCGCUGUGUGUCUGUGGGGACUUGGACUCAGACAGUCAGUCAGAGGAGGAUCCAUUUGUCAACUUCCAGUCCCCAAUUCACUCACCAUCAGUUGGACACACGGGUACACAUGAUGCUACUAAUAUCAGCACAACCAUUAGAAUGAUCCAAGCAUAACAGAAGGGAUGGCAUUUGAUUUUCCACCAUAUCAACAACAGAGGCCACAAACUCAAAUCGAUACAACAAGGCAUGAAUCUGUGCAUUCUAGGAGCACACUGGUCCUCUAGGUUUGGCCAGAGGAUGAUAGAAAUGGAGCUGUGUGUCGGCGGGGAUUUGGAUGUAGACAGUCGAGGGGUCCUCUCUACUUCCGGUCCCCAACUACUCAACAUCAACUGGACACACAGGCAAACUUGGUCGCUACUUUGACCAGCACAAUGAUUUGAAGGACCCUGCAUAAGAAGACAAGAGGUGGCACAUUUUAGGGGUUGCAUCAACAUCACAAGCCACACCAUCUAUGCUCCUGAUCAUCUAUUACUGCAUACUGGAUGACAGGAAAGGAAAUGUGUGUCAGUGGGGACUUGGGUUUAGACAGAGGAUCCAUCUGUCCAUUUCCGGUCCCCGUUUACUCAACAUCAACUGGACACACAGAGACAUGCCGCUAGUACUAAAGCCAGCUCAAUGAUAUGAAGGACCCGCCCUGCAUAGCAGGCGAAGAGCUGAGGGGUCUAUUUGUCUACUUCCAGUCCCCAGUUACUCAACAUCAACUGGACACACAGGCAAGCUUGGCACUACUCACAGUUCACCAGCG